UUGGACUGAGAUAGUAUAGUGUCGUGUACUCUCGUUUCUCGCCCUAAAUCCCAUCAAUCAACAACAAUAAUAAUUUAAGAUCUACGUCUCCUUGAAUGAUGUAAUCGUCUUUAUUAUCUGCCAUUUAACUAUUUUAAAUAUUUCUAUUACAUUUCGUUCGAUAAUUGACUAUUUUCCACACGUAACAUCCGUUAUCAAAACAUUCGCUAUUGAAAAUAAUUUGGGACUGUAAACUUUCUCUUAUGUUCCAGGAAACAAAAUGGUAAAACUAUUUGCAAUGAGUGUACUCUACAAAGGGCCAAACGAUGCGACACUGUUAAAGGCGGCAUUUGAUUUGCAAACGUUCGGCUUCUUUCAACGUAAAAGCGUACAAGAGUUUAUGAGUUUCGUUACCAAAACAAUUGUAGAACGUACAGCUUCGGCUGCCAGACAGUCGGUCAAAGAAAAAGAAUAUAUGUGCCACGUUUAUGUCCGAGCAGAUAAUUUAGCUGGCGUCUUAAUAUCUGACGAUGAAUAUCCAAACCGUGUGGCACAUACACUUCUCACAAAGGCUUUAGAUGAAUUUUCCGCUAAGGUACCUUCACACAGUUGGCCCAAACUUAACGAAACUCAAGUAACGUUCAACGAACUGAGUGUGAUGCUGGCUAAAUAUCAGAAUCCAAAAGAAGCAGAUGCUAUGACGAAGAUUCAACAAGAUUUAGAUGAAACUAAAAUUAUUUUGCACAAUACAAUUGAAGCCGUACUAGAAAGAGGAGAAAAGCUGGACGAUUUAGUGGCGAAAUCGGAAGGGUUGAGUAUGCAGUCUAAAGCAUUUUACAAAACCGCAAAAAAGACAAAUGCGUGUUGUCGAAUGUAAAUCGUCGGUACCUCGUGCCGAUUGGCUUGUUAAAUUUAUUCGUCGAUGUCAUUACUAUUAAGGUUAACCGAAAUAUAACUACUUAUAAGUAUGUUAACAUGUUAUGUUAUUGUAAAUGCCACAUUCCUUGCGAUGAUUGUUAAUUAUUAUUUUGAAUAUUUGCGAGGGGAAAAAAAACACUUAGUUCAGGGAAUGUGAUUAAAAUAAUAUAAACUGUUGUACAAAUAAUAAUUGUCUUGUAAAAAUAAACCCAGUACUUAGGGGUUAAGUGUAUUUUCCGGAUAAGCGUAUUGUGCUUUCUUUUAAGUAUUGUCGUUUUAACCGCGUCAUAAUCGAUACAAUGUAUUAUCGAAACUAUCGAAUGUCAUCUCUGACAUAUUUCUUUUUAACGUGUCUCAUAAAACUUAAGAUUAUGAUACUCAAGCAUUGUUUUAUAAUCCCAAAAAAUAUAAUUGAUAAAAUAAUGUUUUAUCUUGAUUUUUCAUUAAAUUUAAAUAAUUUUAAAUAUUGUUGUUAUCAAUGUUAGAUUUAAAUUAAGGAUUUUUUUUUUUUUAUCUGCAAAGAAUCAUCAAUUGUGUUUGCUCUUAUUGCAUUUUGCUAUUAAAUGUGUAAUGAUGGGUUACAACAUACAUAUUGAUAAAAGCAAAAGUUAGAUUAUAUUUAUGGAUAAAGUUAAAUGUCGAUUUUUAGAAAAGAGAUUUUAAGUAUUUUUUUUUUUAUUUGUAUUUAUAUAUUAUUGUAUUCCAUUAUUGUAUAAUAUUCGUAUUUUGUAAAAUAACUUGUUAAAUAAUAAAAUAUUGAAGCUAAUGAGCAUAUUAUAUUUAAAUAAUAAAAUAAGUUGUAUGUUGUUUACAUUUUUAUUAUUAUUUGAAAGUUAAAUUUAAAAUUGAGCCAUUACAAUAUUUGACAGAAUCUACAUGUAUUAAUUUUUUACACUCUUUUGAUGACAAAACUACAGACCUUGUUUCCGAC